UUUGUCGUCUUGCCCUUCCCCGGCGCCUCGGGAAGUUGGGGGGGGGGGAGGGGACGAAGUUGCGGCGGGCAGAGCGGCAGCCGCCACCGAGCCAGCCCGCCGGGGCGGAGCGCCAGCCCGGGAAGGAGCGAGCGUAGAAGGCGGGGAGCGGGCGGCCAUGGCCUACGCGUAUCUCUUCAAGUACAUCAUCAUCGGGGACACAGGUGUUGGGAAAUCAUGUUUAUUGCUACAGUUCACAGACAAGCGGUUUCAACCGGUCCACGAUCUCACUAUUGGUGUAGAAUUUGGGGCUCGAAUGAUAACUAUUGAUGGAAAACAGAUAAAGCUUCAGAUAUGGGAUACGGCAGGGCAGGAGUCCUUCCGUUCCAUUACACGGUCGUACUACAGAGGGGCAGCAGGGGCUUUACUAGUGUAUGACAUUACAAGGAGGGACACUUUCAACCACUUGACAACUUGGUUAGAAGACGCUCGUCAGCAUUCCAAUUCCAACAUGGUUAUAAUGCUUAUUGGAAAUAAAAGUGAUUUAGAAUCUAGACGAGAAGUCAAGAAAGAAGAAGGUGAAGCGUUUGCACGAGAGCAUGGACUUAUCUUUAUGGAGACCUCUGCCAAAACUGCUUCCAACGUAGAGGAGGUAACUUUGCUCAACACUGCUAUUGUAGUAAAACAGUUGUUUUGAAUUUGUUGUCUGUAC